AUGUGGCUCACCGGCGACAGCGGGAGGGGGAUGCUCGACGUCCUGAUCAGCGUCAGGCGGCGCCGCUGCUCCGCGGUCAGCGACGCCCUGCGGCUCCUGGCGAGGCCGUGGCCCGAUAAGUCCGCGGACUCGGCGCUGAACCCUCGGAACAGUUUCGGCCGCAGCAUCGUGACUGGCGGACGUAACUGGUGCGCUCUACCGCCGACUGACGCGACGUUCGCGAUAGAGCAUGCACUUCAAAGGGCGCCCGGAUCGAUGGAAUUUGUCUUAUUUCACGAUGAAAAAGAACAAAAAACUCAACUGCACUACCGCGGGGUCCGCAAUAAACGAAAGCACGCACUU